AUAUUUUUUUUUAGUCUACUCAUUCCGUGCAGGGCGCGGAUCAUCACCUAGUUCAUUGUUAAAUAACUGGCAAAUAAUUUACUGAAACAUCGGAUCUGGCCAAACGCCACGUUCAGCUCAUAAUACUGUCUUUUACAUUUUUCAACCUCAAUUGAACAAUAGGAGAAAUAUUGUGGUAGAUGCCUGUGAUUUAUAUUCAUGUAGAUCAAAAUGUUUUUACUUCCUAAAGAAUGAUCAGGGGGAUAAAAUUAGAUCCUAAGAGCAUGUACAUUGAGGUAUCAUAAGAGGGUCAUGGGCCUGGGUUCACAGGUUUUUAAUUUGAAAAGAAAAAGGAAAAUGGGUAAUAUUAAGUGAAUCGGGCCGCUCUCGUGAACUUGUGUGAGACGAGUUCAACACACGUGGAGGCACCAGAUUGGCUGGACGGAGUCGUGAUGACGACGCGGAAAGGAGGUGUUUCGCGUUAUUCUCCUCAUUUCCUCUUCUCUCCCAAAUAGCUAGGGUUUGCGACUCGAGAGGCGAUUCUUGUAGCUAGGGCGAUCGAGAGGUCUUUUGUCCAUAAAAUCGAGGAGGUAGUGUCUCUUGAUCGAUCUCAGGUCCGUUUUCGAGUAGAGUUACGUUGUUAGGGUUUGUUUAUACGGGUUUCAUCGAUUCGAUCUGAAGUUGAAUUGGGGGUUUCUCCUCCAAUAGAGUCUGGAGGAGAGAUCGAUUACGAGGUUUGUAGUUAAUCGAUCUGUUUGUUAGGGUUCCAUCGAGUCUGAGAUUUGAAAUCGAGGGUUUAUUUGUUAGGGUUCCAUCGAGUCUAAGAUUUCUUUGUUAGGGUUCGAUCGAGUCUGAGAUUUGAAAUCGAUUAGAGGGUUUUUUUAUUUAUGGUUGAAUAGAGUCGAUCUGAAAUCGAAUUGGGGGUUUAUUUGUUUGGGUUCUUUGUUUGGGUUCGUUAAAGAUUGGGUUGUGUUUCCGAGUAGAUUUGAAAUCGAUUAGAGAUUAGUGUUUCUCUUACUUAACUGUUUCUCUUACUUAGUUUAAUCAUAUUGGGUUGUGUUUCAUUGUUUGGGUUCUGUUCUUUGUUUCUCUUACCGGUUCGUUUAAUCAUAUUAUUUGUAGUUAGUAUGUUCUAAUCAUUUCUUCUGCACCAUAUUAUUUGUAGUUAGUAUGUUCUAAUCAUUUCUUCUUUCUGGUGCAGAUGGAUCCCGCAGAAGAAAUAAGACAUUCAAAGAAACAAAGGGACUACUGCAACAUGUUAUGGUUCGUCCAGGAUUCACAGUACGGGAUUCCAAGAAGGUGUGCUUACGGUGGGAAAAUCAUUGACGAGGUCCGGGGGAAGGAAGACUACGACAGUCAUCCUGGAAAGCGCUACUUCACGUGCAUCAACUAUGAAGUAAGUUUUAUUUUCUUAAUUAUGUUCUUAAAAUAAAAAUAACAGGAACUGUCUAUAAUAUUUGUUUUCUGUUGUCAACAAGGAUGAUGGGUUGCAUUAUAGUCAUCCUUGGGUGGUUGGUGUCCAGGAGGAGAUCGAGAGGCUGAGGAAGCGUCUGGAGGAUGCUGAGGAGGAGAUCAAGGGGGUGUGGAAUCUCAAGUUCCAGAUUCAGACCCUGCAGGAACAGGUAAGAAGCCUCACUGUCCAGGUCGGUACCCUGGAGAAGGUGUGCUUCGACUGAAAAUCAGAGGUUGCUAUGUCACGGGUUGCUAUGUCUGUUGCUGGAUCACUGGUUGCUAUGUCUGGAUCACGGGUUGCUAUGUCUGUUGCUGGUUUAAUAAGUCUGUUGUUGCUUUAUUUGUACGGGAUCAGUGUAGUAUUUUGUUAGUUUCUACACUGAUGUUGCUUUAUGAUGAACGAAUGCAGUGGAGUCUCUCUCACACUGCUACUAUGUCCUUUUGUUUCACGGGUUGUACUAUGUUUCGACACUAGUUUAUUUAAGUCACGGGUCAUGUAACAAAGGGUCAUGUAACAAAGAAGCAUAUAUAAAUAUGCUCUUGAUGUAUGUUUCUAAAUCAGAACCCAACUACUUCUCUUUCUGUCUCUGUCUUUGAAUUUCAAAAUUUCAAGAACACAACUUCUGAAACACUUGAUCAACUACUUCUCUUCCUUGAUGUCUUUCUGAAACACUUGAUCAACUACAAACGAAGAGGAUAACUACGCUUCUACUGCCUCACCCAACCGAGAACAACACAACCAACGUAAGCUCUUCAUUACAUUAUAAUACUUAGGUUAAACGGGAUCUACAUGAUCAGAAGUGGAACAAUACUAGAUUGUGAAUCCAAAUUAUAAUGAUGAUCAAUCAUAUUGAUGGUCCAAUACAUGGCUAAUAUCCAACUUAGGCAAUGUUACUUUAAAAUUGAUAAAAUUCAUAAAUUAUAAAUUUUUAAUUUGUUAUAUUUUGGACUAGAGAAUAAAAUUGAUAAUUUGUUAUAUUUUGGACUAGAGAAUAAAAUUGAUAAUUUGUUAUAUUUUGGAGUAGAGAAUAAAAUUGAUAAUUUUUAUUUUUUUUGAAAAAAGGAAGAAUGUCAAGCUCCUCAAAUGAUGAAGUAUAUGAAGUUUUUGAAGAAAUGGUGGACCAACAAAUCGAUGAUUUCAUCGACUCUGUUCUAACCAAAGAGCCGAAGAGACGAGCAUACAUCGAAGAGAUCGGGAACAAGGACACAAUCAACUAUGGCAGGAUUACUUCAGUGAAAAUCCUACAUACACACACGACAUGUUUAGGCGGCGUUUUCGAAUGAACAAGUCUUUGUUCCUUCGCAUUGUCGAACGCCUAGGUAAUGAAAUUCCAUACUUUCAGCAACGAAGAAAUGGUCAUGGAAGGAACGGCCUCUCUACACUUCAAAAAUGCAGUUCAGCCAUACGAUCAUUGGCAUACGGUCAAGCGGGAGAUGUCAAUGACGAAUAUCUCCGACUUGCGGCAAGUACUGCAAUUUUAUGUUUGGAGAAUUUUGCGGAAGCGAUAAUACAAUUGUUUGGAGAUGAGUAUCUAAGAAGACCUACAACAGAAGAUCUUCAAAGACUACUUGACGUUGGAGAGGCACGCGGGUUUCCGGGGAUGAUAGGCAGCAUCGAUUUUAUGCAUUGGGAGUGGAAAAACUGCCCUACGGCUUGGAAAGGUCAGUUCACACGUGGUUCAGGAAAGCCGACGAUUGUCUUAGAAGCUGUGGCAUCACAAGAUCUUUGGAUAUGGCACUCAUUUUUCGGAUUACCAGGUACCCUAAACGAUAUCAAUGUUCUUGAUCGGUCACCAGUUUUUGAUGACAUUUUACAAGGUCGAGCACCUAAAGUGAAGUUCAAGGUCAACAACCACACUUAUCGUAUGACCUACUAUCUUACCGACGGAAUUUAUCCUAAUUGGGCAACAUUUAUCCAAUCCAUCCCGCUUCCUCAAGGUCCUAAAGCCCAGAAAUUUGCAGAAAAGCAAGAAUCCGUCAGAAAAGAUGUCGAACGGGCAUUUGGAGUCUUGCAAUCGAGGUUUGCAAUUGUAAAAAACCCUGCUCUAAAAUGGGACAAUGAAAAGAUAGGAAAGAUAAUGAGAACAUGUGUCAUAUUGCACAAUAUGAUAGUAGAGGACGAACGACACGGAUACACUCUAGCUGAUACAUCUGAGUUCGAGUCAGGAGAAUCUAGCCGAAGUGCCAAGGUGAAAACGAGAGAAAGUGUGAAUGUCGAUAUUCUUAACAUUCGCAAUCAAAUUCGGGAUCCAUGCGUACAUGAGCGUUUGAAAGCUGAUUUAGUUGAAAAUGUUUGGGAAAAAUUUGGUAAUCGUGAUGAAUAAUCUUUGUAUGUUCAUGAUUUUUCAAUGUAUUGAAUAAAAACUUUUCAUAAAUAAUGUAAAAUAUUUAGUAAGUUUCUUUUAAAAAAAUAAUUUUUUUUAAAUGAAAAAUUAUUAUUAUUUUCUUUUUUUAAAUAUUAUUUUAUUCUUAUGAACCCGGAUUUGAGGUUCAUUGAUGGAGAAGCACAAUUGAGCCGGGUUCAACACUGUUCACGGACCCACAAUUAAAUACAUAAAAAAUACAUAUGAACCCGAAUAGGGGGUUCAUUGAUGUGCAUGCUCUAACAAAUAGUACUAUGACUCUACCAAGUGAACGAAUACAUAAUAUUAUAAAUAUCUACAAAUGUGCUUUUGUGUUGCAGUUAAAUGUAUAGCGAUAAUAUAAGAAUAAAUAAGUUAUCACAAAACGUGAGCAUUAGGAUACUAUGACUGUUGUAGCAUCGAGUCAGAAUCACAUGCCAUAACAUGAUCUCUUUGAUGUAGACAUUUUCUUCUAUCUCUUAAGAUUCUCCAUUUGCUUAUUGCCAGGGAAUCAAAGUAUAGCAUCAUAGUUGUAUCCGAAACUUUUUUCAUUUCAAUGAUAUUAACCAUAUAGCAAAAAAAGCCAUCUCUACAUUUUUACUAGUAUCAGAGUAAUGAAUUCUUACAUCAUCUUUUGUAAAUGGGAA